ACUCUGAAGCCAAGGAGAAGCCAGAGCGGUGGAAAACAUCCUUGCUUUGAAAAUACAAAGCUAAAUUAAAGAACUACGUGAGAUAAGGAGCCUGAAGAAUAUUAGUUGGCUGCGGGGGUGUGGAGAGACACAAAAAGCACAGCAGGUAAGGGCUGGGAGUUGUUGCCAAGAAGGAACUGUCCCAGGUGGCACAGCAAAAAGGAUCGCAGAAUUGGAGGCCUGUCCCUUUGAGUCUUCCAUGCGUGCUCAAGCUUGUCUUCUUCCAUCAGUUUCGAGAGGAGCGACGUUGUCAGAGCCUUCCCUGUCGGUGCAACUAAUCCUGUUAUCAGCUUGGUUAUAAAUAUUAAUGUCCCCUGGUCCUUCGGUGAUGGUGACCCAUCAGAUUCAGGGCUAUUAGGAAGCCCAUCACCAGCCUCGCCCCUCCCUUCGAGAAACCGAUGCGACGCAGGGCCAAGCCGACGCGAUGGCAGCCUAUCCCGAGAGCUGCGUGGACGCCACCGUGCUGGACUUCGUCGCAGACCUGUCCCUAGCCUCCCCGGGGCACCCUCUUCUCUGCGACUUCGCACCCGGGGUCCCCUAUGGAGACCACCAGGACCUUGUGCUCCGAGAGGAAGGACCCAGGAGUCUGGCGCGUUUUGAGGACGAUCCAGAAGAAGAGGAGGGUGAAGUAGAAGAGGGGGGAAACGGGGAGGAAGAGGAGCACGGGAGAGGCGCCUCCCUGCUGGGCCGCCCCAAGAGGAAAAGAGUGAUCACGUACGCCCAGCGCCAAGCCGCCAACAUCCGAGAGAGGAAGCGGAUGUUCAACCUCAACGAGGCCUUCGACCAGCUGCGGAGGAAGGUACCCACUUUUGCUUACGAGAAGAGGCUGUCUCGGAUCGAGACCCUACGCCUGGCCAUCGUCUACAUUUCCUUCAUGACCGAGCUCUUGGAGAGCUUCGAGAAGGAAACCGGCUGAGCCAGUGUGGGAUGAAAGUGUCUGCCCCCUCCUCGCCUGGGCGCGCGCGGGUUUGGGGUGUUUCGGGACCCGGCAGUGGGUGUGGCUGAAAGGCCAGGAGGGACGCUCCAAGACAGAACGUCUGGCCUUCGGGAGCUUGGUUCUGGAUUAUAAAAUUCCCACAGCCCUCGAGAAGCGUGGAAGCCGUAGAGUUAAUAUAUACGCGAUCGCUCUCAGCGGAGUGUGGGGCAGGAGCGGGCAGGGCAAGUUAGGACUGGUUAAGAAAGAGUUGGGGCAGUCGAGGCCCACGCCCCAAAGCAGCUUUUGUCAGGCGGGUGGGACGUUAAUCCUCUCCGAAAAGGAAGACUUCGGGGGCUUCUAUGGAGUCCCAUAUCUCCCUCCUUCUUACGUGUGUGUGUGUGUGUGUGUGUGUGUGUGUGUGUGUGUGUGUUUUAAUGUAAAUAUAAAAGAGGCAUUCCUACUUUUUUUUUUUUUUUUUUUUUUUAAGCCUCAAGAAUCGGUGCUCAGCCAUCCCAGGCAGGCACUGCGCUCCGGCCGUGCUCUUAGGGAGGCCUUGGACCAGAAACCCGCGAGGAGUGCGGUACUGGGUCUUCUGAGAGGCCAAGGGGCUCCGGAUCUCUCCUCCGGUCCUCUUAGGCUUGUCGACAGGCAGAAUGAAGGAGAUGAGAAAGGAAGGGGAGUCGAAGGGACGGGCGACCUCUAAAAAGGAACAUUAUCCCCCCCCUUCCUUCCCUCCCCCUCCCUUUCCCUCCCCUUAGGCUCAGAACAGCAACCCUGUUAUGGACGCUUGAACCCAGAGGUGACUGCUCCGGCCCACGAGCUGGAGGUGCACCUGGGUUUACAGGGUGUCUUGGGCGCCCCGAGCCUUUACCGCCCGCGGGUGCUUUCCCCUGUCGCCUACAGGGGGGAAAAGGGCUGGGUCCUCCCAGGGGCAGCGACACCUGAGUGCGCACUUUCAAAUUUUUAGCUGAAGGUAGGGAAAGAUAGCUAUUAUUCUAUUCGCAUCUAGGGACAGGAGAGACAAAACGUCAGAGGAGGAGUUGCAUUCUUCCACUUUGCCAAAAUGUGUGCGAUGGAGAUGAGGUUGAAGCAGGACCAUGCUGAGGGGCUCCCUCGAGUUUGGACGGUCUGCCAUUCCACAGUUCUUCCUUCUGGGCAACCUGCUAACACCUGAACUGGGGUUCUUCAGACAGGAGUAGGUAAGUGAGGAGAGGAAGCGGAAUGAAUAAUGCCCAUCUAACUGUAAAGUCCGUAAUCCUAAAAAUAAAUCCUGUUAUUCCAACACUUUAUUUUGCUCUCACUUCUCACAUCCUUGCGCGGAGGCACACAGACACACACAAAUCUCCCUAUCAUACUUUUAGAAAUAUAAUUCAUUUUAUUAAGAAGUAAUAUAUACUCAUCCCAAAAAGUUUGGAAAAUAAAAGUUUAAAAAAGAAAUAAAAUUUAAAUCACUCCUCAUUA